AUGGCUGUCUGUGAGUGGAGGGAGGAGAAGAUUGCGGCAGUUAUCAGGCCUUGGUUCCUACUUCGCUGGCCUGAUUGGCGGAUUGGCUUGGAGGCGUGGGAUCAGAGGCUGCUUCGUGGCGGCAAGCUUGUGUCGGCGCGGUCUGGAUCGGAUCAGAACGAUCUGAUCUGGAUUGGGUCCCAUGAUUCGGAUCUGGGGAAUGGUUUGGGUGGAAGGGAGCGCGUUUCUCCAUGGCUCGAAGGGGAACGUGGUACGACGAUGACGACUGUCCGGCGAAGGGGGUUGUGCGGCGCUAAGCGUGGUCCGUCGGUGGUGGCAGGGCUGGGCCAAGCUUGGGCCACUUCGUCUGCUGCAAAUAACUUAAAGACUAUUUUAACCAGAUUUGCCAAAGCCUCUAGACAGAAGAUCAACUUAGAUAAGUCUUCAAUCUAUUUCUCUAAUAAAGUUUUGGCUAAUAGAAAAGUUGUUAUUUCUAAUAUCCUUGGGAUCAAACACAGAUCUACUAUUGGUAAAUAUUUGGGUAUCCAUAACAUUAUUUUCUGGAAAGAUCCAGUGAAUGCUAAGGAAUUGUUACUCAAAGUAACUAACAAGCUUAGUGGUUGGAAGAAUUCUACUUUGUCUAGAGCUGGGAAACUAACCUUGAUCAAAUCUAAUAUUUCAGGAAUUCCUAAUCAUGUUAUGUCAUGUUUCAAAUUCCCUACUAAGGUAACUAAUGCUUUAGAUAAAGAAGCUAGAAAUUUCUUCUGGGGGAAGGAUGUCCAUUCUCCUCCAGUUGCUUGGAGUCAGGUUUGUCUUCCUAAAUCUGCUGGAGGUUUUGGAAUUAGACCUGCUACCUUCUUCAACAAGUCUGCUUUAGCUAAAUUAGGAUGGAAAGUUCUCACUAGCCCUAACAACUGGUGGGUUGAGCUUGUCAGGAGAAAUGAUUUUAAGGAUGAGUUUGUUUGGGGCCCUGUUGCCAAUGGACAAUUUUCUAUAAAAUCUGCUACUUGGAUGCAAUGUAGUGUUAUUCAACCUCACUUGAAUGCCAAGAUUAUGAAUGCUAUUUGGAAAUUAAAUAUCUCUCCCAAGGCAAAAAUCUUUGCUUGGCUGCUUGUGAGGGGUAGAUUGAAAACUAAAAUUUUUAACAUUUCGAAAAAUCUCACCUUUAUUGAGAAUGCUAUUGUGCUUUGUUGGAAAAUCUGGCAAGCCAUAAAUAAUCUCAUCUUCAGGAACAUAUCUGCUAACCCAAACAUGGUGGUGCAUGCUGCAACUGCAACUGGGAAUUCUUAUAGAGCUCACAAUCCUUCCCACAUGAAGGGCUUUGUUAACAACUAUAGACUGAUCAGGUGGCUUCCCCCCUUGGAGAACAAAUUCAAACUCAAUUUUGAUGGCUCUGUGAAGCAUGAUAGGAUGGCUGCAACUGGUUUUGUCAUUAGAAACCAUGCUGGCUCCCCUGUGGUGGCUGGAACUAGGAAGAUUGGUUCCACUACUGUUCUUGUGGCGGAGUGUAGCGCGCUCAAAGAUGGUCUCCUCCAUGCGCUGCAUCUCAACUGCUCUAAGAUUCUAGUGGAAGGUGAUUCAAAGCUGGUGAUCGACUGUGUUAACAAGAUUAGUGACCCUCCUUGGAAAAUUCGUUCUCUUGUUCGUGACAUCCAAGGCAUCUCUAGUAUGUUUGAGGAAAUCUCUUUCUCUCAUAUUCCUCGUGAAACAAAUUUUGUGGCGGACGCAAUUGCCUCCUUUGGACAUCAAUCUUCGGAUGCAAUCAUGGCGAGACAAACUUCCUCUUUCAGCUUGCUCGGCUUUUAA